AUGAAAUUCCUCGUUGCUUUCGCCCUGAUCGCCGUGGCUUCGGCCCGUGUCUUUGAACCAAUUUCCGUUGGACCGGCACUCGUCGACACCUACGAACCCAUCGACACCGAACCCGCCUACGUAGACAUCCCUAUCACUGACGGUGGUGUAGUGACUGCUCCCGUGAAGCCCACUCCUGUUGUCGUUGGACCUGCUGUUCCCUCCGGUGCCUCUCCUCUUGUGCAGCUCAUCGUGAACGUCAACGUCCCCGCUGGUGUUUCUGAUGGACCCGCUGAAAUCAAGCCCGACCCCGUUAUUGUCGCCGAAGAGGCUGAAGAGGGCCCCAUUGUCCCUGUCCCUGAGCCCGUCAUCGUUGCUCCCAUCAACCCCAUCCCCGUCGCCCCCGUCAUCAUUGGCACUCCCAUCAUUCCCGCUCCCGCCGUCACCCUCCCCGAGGAACUCAACUAA